CGUCACCAACGGUGGCAAAACCACCUUGACCAACAGAAUCAUCAAGGCGCUCCCCAACUGCUGUGUGGUCCAUCAGGAUGACUUCUUCAAGUCACUGAUAGACCUAUUUGACAUACGCUACUACUUGGCAGUUCCAUACAAUGAAUGCAAAAGGAGGAGAAGUACAAGCAACUACACUGUUCCUGACCCACCGGGUCUCUUUGAUGGACACGUCUGGCCCAUGUACUUAAAACACAGGAAAGAAAUGGAGGACAGCGGCGUUGAUGUUGUUUAUUUAGAUGGAGCUGACACCUCGGCAUGGAGAGAUGCCGACUGUGAAGUUGGCUCGUUGGUGACCGUCUAUGGAUGCAUCUCUGCCCGCCUCAACAGGGCCACGGCUUGGGGAGAGAUCACGAGGACCAGCGGGAGCCAAACCAGCACGUCCAGCUGUGAGGCCGAUAUCGGCGGGGAAGUCAGGAGGAGACUGCAGGAGCUAAACGCGCAGGCUGAGCAAAGGGAGAUUCAGGGCGACGCUGGGUCUAAAGAGACGCUCAAGGUGACGACAGAGGUGGCAGACAAGAAUUACACAAUUAAGCCGCCCACACCGCAGAGGCCCCCGCCGGUGCCCGGGUGGACUCUGGAGCACCCACGGAGCCAUCCCGCGCUGUGGUCAACUCCGAACCCGCCACGAACCCGCCUGCGCAUGUUUGUCACCAUCCUCCCGCCCAAGAUCAGCUAA